UCCUUGAACCUUACUAAUAAUUUCAACGUAAUCAAGAUGUUCUUGCUUAGAAAAUACUACUAUGAUGCAUCCGGCUUCUUCAUCACAUUAAUCCUUUUUUCUUUAUUACAACCUCGUUUACUCGUAAGAGCACAAUCCAUCGAUGUUCACCAUCCCUCGGAAUCAAAUUGGAACAAGGGGUUAUUGGUGGCGGCGUUUGUUGUGCUAAUCAUCAUGUACAAACAUUACUACAAUGCAUCCGGCUUCUUCAUUACAUUAAUCCUUUUUUCUAUGUUACAACCUCGUUUACUCGUAAGAGCACAAUCCAUCCAUGUUUACCACUCCUCGGAACCAGAUUGGAACAAGGGAUUUUUGGUGGGGUCGUUUGUUGUGCUAUUAAUCGUUGUCUACUUUGUACUAGUUCGUAAUUGGUUAAACCGCUACCAAUGGUGGUCGGCUAGUGAAACAACAACCCAACAGGCCCAAGGCGGACUCAACCCAUCUGUCCUCGAGUCUUUUCCCGUGUUUAUAUACUCCGAGAAGUCCGGCCUUGGGCUCGAUAAGGGUUCAUUAGAGUGCUCAGUGUGCUUGAGCCAGUUUGAGAUGGAUGAAAAAUUACGUAUGCUACCCAAGUGUAAACAUGUGUUCCAUGUUGAAUGUGUGAACCGCUGGUUAGUGGAUCACAGUACGUGCCCGUUUUGCCGGGAUGACCUUGCUCCCCGACCUGGCGAGUCAACGCAGAUGAAACUAGGCUGCGUUGGCGGGUCGGGGAGUAGGUCCGGGACCGAGGUCGUCGAGGGGGCAAACGACAUCGUGUAGAGUGCGUUAGAAAAUUCAGUUUUGGAAAAAUUUGGAGUAAAAAAAAAAAGAAAUGGACACGUAGUGGAAGUUGACUGGGGUAGCGGAGCAUUUGUUUUUCCAAACAAUAGAAAAUAGAAAUGACGAGGGAGAAGUUGACUAGAAGUUGCUCUGUACACAGUAAUCGGUUAAAGUGUGAAGAUAACAUGGUUAGAUUUUUCAAAUUAAGUUAAUCGUAAGAUUAGGGGCAAGACUUUCUCAUAUAGUCAUGUAAUUUGGUUGGACUAAUGUUACAUAUAUUAUUGUUUAACAUUAUUUAUAACAAUAUGUUGUCUAAUAUAAUA